UAUGCGUGUGUAAGUCGCUGGAGAGCGUUACGAGUUACAAGAGAGAUAGUAAGAUGAGUUCGGUGAUCGUGAGGUAGCGAGAGGUGUGAUUUUUUAAUUUGAUAAUUGAGUUUUUGAAUUAAACUGUGAACAAGAAUGUCACGUACCAAGCCCAAUGAGAAAAACGGUAAUGGUGCCAAAAGCAGCGAGUCCAGUGUUUGGAUACGGGCAUUUACUGCCAACUCGGAGUGGCCGGACAAGGAAGAGUUUUUGGAUGUAAUUUAUUGGUCCAGACAAAUCAUUGGAAUUCUUAUGGGAAUACUAUGGGGUCUUAUCCCCUUGAAAGGAUUUCUAGGUUUGUUAUUAUUUGUUGUAGUAAAUGGAGGAAGUUUAUAUUUGUACUUCAGUAGUUUUCAACAAGUAGAUGAAGAAGAAUUUGGUGGGGCAUGGGAGUUGACCAAAGAGGGAUUUAUGACUUCAUUUGCUGGCUUUUUAGUAACAUGGAUUAUAAUAUACUCUGGUUUGCAUUUUGACUGAUGAAUCUUUCUUCCAAACUUAAGCUUAAUGAAAAGUGUCAAAAGGUGAACAAACAAUUAAGCAAUGAAUAUGUAAUAAAAUUCCUUUAUAAAGUCG